AUGAGACAUAUAUUCAUGAAGAAGCUAGUGGAAGAAGGUCUAGCGAAGAUUUCAACGCCGUCGAAGAUUACGAAAGGAGUGGGCGACGUUGCCCAGUUCAUCAUCUCAGCCAAAGGGUUAAUCGACGCAGCUAUCCAAAACAUACCGCAGGCUGCGCUACCAUGGGCUGGUAUUUGUAUUGGACUGCAGAUCCUUUUGAAUCCUACAAAAGCGACAAAAUCUAAUCUUUCUGGCAUCGUAUACGUUAUCUCUAGAAUGGACUGGUAUUGUGCCCUCACAGAACAUCUUCUGAGUGAAGAUUGCUUCAACGAGCCUCUUAAAAUGAUUCUGCCCCAGUUGGAGACGAAGGUCCUCGCGCUCUACAAGGCCCUUCUCCUGUAUCAGAUGAAAAGUGUAUGCUCUUACUACCGGCAGCAGGGCCUUGUCUUUCUCCGCAGCCUUGUGAGUUGGGAUGAUUGGGAUAACGAUCUGAAGACCGUUGAAGAUGCGGAAAUUACUCUUCAGAAGGAUUCAGAUCAGUACAACAAGCUCCAUGCGAAGAGCGCCCUAGCGCAACUUGUCGAGCGUGCCAAGAGCAUGGAAGAAUUGCUUGGAGACAUACAUCAGACUCUUCGAAAAUUCUUGACCUUCCAAAAGGAACUGCAGCUUGAUGAAAUUGACAGAAAAUGCUGCUGGGAUCUUCGAGUUGUCGAUCCGAGAGACGAUAUGAAGAAGAUUGAGAAUAAAAAAGACGCUCUACUCCCCGAAGCAUACGAAUGGGUACUUGGCACAGAGCAGUAUGCGCGCUUCAUGCAGUGGAAUGAUCAACCUGACCACAACUCAUGCCAACUGUUAUGGAUAAAGGGAUAUGCUGGCACAGGAAAGACGAUGCUCUUACUGGGGAUUAUUCGCAGCGUUGAGGAGCGGCAAGAUUUCUGUGCCCCGGGCUUAUCUUGCUUCUUUAUUCAAGGGACAGAUGUAUCGUUGAAUAGCGCAACCGCCGCUCUCCGGUCUUUAGUCUGGAUGCUCGUAGUUGAGCAGCCGCAUCUUAUCUCACAUCUGCGAGAGAAGUAUAUGAACUCUGGCGCCGCUCUUUUCACAGACCAGAAUGCUUUUUUUGCACUCUCUGAAGCAUUUCUGAAAAUGUUAGAUAAUCCUGAAUUGUCGCCAGUCAUUCUUGUGGUCGAUGCCCUUGAUGAGUGCGAUAGGGCGAAGCCGGGGUUGGAUGAAUUAAUUGACCUCAUUUCAGAAUCCCUCAGACGCUCUGACAAAGUGAAGUGGCUACUCUCUAGCCAGCCUGAGAUUGAUGUUCUCUCCAGGCUCAAGAGUUUAACUGGAGAUUUACGGAACAUUUCAGAGAACCUAGUUGAACUAGAUGCGCAACGUCUAGCACGCCCCGUUGAUGCAUACAUCGACCACAAGCUCACGGCCCUUAGGGGUAGAGACGGGUACGACGCAAGCAUUUUGGCUGAGAUCUCCAAGGAAGUUCGCCAACGGGCUAUGAACACGUUUCUUUGGGUAUCACUUGCAUUUCAGCAUAUCAAAGGCGUCCAUGGGGGGUAUGCUGUCCAGGACAUCAAAGCCAUGCCUCCGGGAUUGUUAGAGCUAUACGACCAUAUGAUGACCAGGAUUGAGAGUGGGGAGAAGAUAAAGCCCCAGGAUUGCAAAAAAAUCUUGAUGUGCACUGUUCUUGCGUUCCGUCCCAUCUCUCUCUCUGAAUUAGCCGCUCUGUCCGACCUGUCACGCAAUAUAACGGAGACGGCUAUUAAGGAAUGCGGCUCAUUUCUGACAACUAGGGAGGGAACAGUGUACCUGAUCCACCAGUCUGCCAAGGAUUAUUUAUACGACAACUUCAACCGCCGGCUUCAAUCGUCCGGAACUGCCCAAGGGCAUGUAGACAUCGGCCAACGCUCAAUUAGCGCAAUGGCUAAGGUUCUGAAACAAAACAUGUAUGACCUCGAUAACGGUUUCACACCAGAAAAUCUCGAACCCCCACAGCGGGAUCGUCUAGCUUCGAUAUGGUAUUCCUGUCUCUUCUGGGCCGACCAUUUCGUCGCUGGAACUAGCGAAAACCCUGAGGGCAAGAGCGCGUUGGCGGACGAUGGAGAAGUAAUUGGGUUUCUGAGAGAGAAACUCCUACAAUGGCUCGAAUAUCUAUCCGUACCGGAAAGACUCUCGGAUGGGCUAUAUUCGAUCAGAAAACUUUUACAUGUUACGCAGAAAUCUUCUCAGUUGGCUCGAUUCCUAAAUGACAUCGAAGCAUUUAUCCAAAGUCACGGGUCAAUCAUAGAACGAGCUCCUCUCCAGAUAUAUGCAUCCGCACUAGUAUUCAGCCCAAUGACAAGUGAGGUCAGGGCCACGCAGUGGAAGUAUAGGCUGCCAUUCAUCCAGACUGUAGCAGGAAUUAUAACACAUUGGGAUACGAACCGCCAGACACUCGAGGGACAUGGCUACCCGGUUAGAUCUGUGGCCUUCUCUCCUAAUGGUAAGACGCUAGCCUCAGCGUCAUACGACAAGACUCUCCGGUUGUGGGAUGCAGCCACGGGAAGCUACCAACAGACGCUCAAUGGACAUUCUAAGGGUAUAAUAUUCAUAACUUUCUCGCCCGAUGGCAGAACAUUAGCCUCAGCAUCAGACGAUACCACAAUCCGGCUCUGGGACGUAGCAACGGGGAGCCACCAAACCUUCAGGGGACAUAGCGAUUGCGUUGAAUCUGUAGCCUUCUCUCCUGACGGCAAGACGCUAGCCUCGGCGUCAGACGACAAGACUAUCAAGCUCUGGGACACAGCUACAGGAAGCCACAAAAUAUUUAGGAAGCAUAGUAAUUAUCUUAUUUUGUCUCUGGCUUUCUCACCCGACGGUAAAACGUUGGCCUUAGCAUUAGACGAUAAGAUUAUUCGACUCUGGGAUAUAGCCACAGGGAGCCAUUAUACUCUCCAAGGACCUGACAAUCGUGUAAGGUCUGUCGCUUUUUCGCCCGAUGGUAAAAUAUUGGCCUCGGCAUCAGGCAAUAACGUCCAGCUCUGGGAUAUGGCUGCAGGAGGCCACGAAACGCUCAAGGGGCACGAUGACUGGGUUAAUUCUGUGGUUUUUUCACCCAAUAGCGAAACUUUGGCCUCGGCAUCAGAUGAGGAAACUAUCCGGAUCUGGGAUAUAACUGCAAAGAGUUGUCUACAUAUACUCAAGGGACAUACCCAUCAUGUCAAUUCUGCAGUUUUUUCACCUGAUGGCAAAAUGCUGGCCUCGGCAUCAGAUGACACCACUGUACGGCUAUGGGAUAUAACUGCAAAUAGUUACCUACAUACACAUGAGGCACACAGCGAUUGGAUUUUAUCUGUGGCCUUUUCACCUAACCGUAAAAUACUAGCGUCAGCAGCAAAAGAUAAAACAAUUCGGCUUUGGGAUAGGGCUACAUGGAGUCACCUACAUACACUUAAGCGAGAUAGCAACUGGGCCAGGUCUAUGACUUUUUCAGCCGACGGUAAAACACUAGCCUCAGUAUCAGAUAAACAAACUAUCUGGCUCUGGGAUACAGCUACCGGAAGCCACCUACGCACAAUUAAGGGACUUGGCGAAUAUGUUUAUUCUAUAGCUUUUUCACCUGACACUAAGACGCUGGCCUUGGCUUCAGGAGAUUUCACUAUCUAUCUCUGGGACAUGGCCACAGAAAACCUCUUACGGCAACUUAAGGGGCAUUACAAACCAGUUGAAUCUGUGGCUUUUUCACCUGACGGCAAGAUACUAGCCUCCGCAUCAGACGAUAAAACUAUCCGGUUCUGGAAUACGGCUAAAGGGAGCCAUAUACAGACGCUUGAGGGACAUGGCCAGUGGGUUAGAUCUGUGGCCUUCUCUCCUGAUGGUAAGACGCUAGCCUCUGCAUCAGACGAUAGUACUAUCCGGCUCUGGGAUACAGUCACGGGCAAUCACCUACACACAUUUGAAGGAUAUAGGGUUGCGGCUGUAGGAUUUUCGCCCGACGGCAGAUACCUUAAGACGAAUUACGGAUCGCUCCGGUUAGCGCCUACAUCCAUCUUAUCCGAGCACUUUUCUACUGAGGGUUGUUCUGACCAUACUCUGUAUGUCGACGGGAAGUGGGUGACUAUAGAUGGCAAGAAAAGCCUCUGGCUUCCUACUAACUACAACUGUACUUCAGUAGCAGUAGAUGGAAAUAAGUUGGUACUGGGACAUGAAUCCGGCAGGUUAACGUUUUUGGAAGUAGAUUUUUCAUGA